AUGGUAGGUGCCGUGGUGCUCCUCGCGCUCCUACCGGCAUUAGUCACGGGUGCUGGGGAAGGUAACAUCAAAUUAUUAGAAGAUGAAGUAGCAGUAGCUUUGAAAUCAUGCACAUAUCCUGACGACGUCACCAACUCAAAAGAACCUGCAAGUAAGGAACGUCAACGUCGAUCUGAGGACUCUUACGAUGCUUCUCCCAGAAUAGACGAUAAUAUGAAAGAAGGGAACCGAUACAGCCACGAGCGACGGAUUACCAACGACAGUGGUGACCAACUAAUGGUCAUUAAUGCAACUGAUGACGACUAUAGUGGCUAUGGAUCUGGGAACAUGGGAGAAAAACUGCUUACAUCAGUACCACGCCCGGCGACUCCGAGUAACAAUAUAAACAAGAAUAAUAUCAACAGGACCAAAAGAAACGAACCGCUUCUAAACCGUCCCGAUUCGGAUCAGUGUCUCAGUCAAUGUGUGUUCGCCAAUUUACAAGUGGUGGACAGCAAAGGUAUACCUCGAGAAGCAGAAUUAUGGAACAAAGUGCAAUCAUCUGUGACGUCACAACAAUCUCGGUCUGCGCUGCACGAUCAGAUACAAGCUUGCUUCCAGGAGUUACAAUCAGAGGCUGAAGACAACGGUUGCUCCUACUCUAAUAAGUUGGAACGAUGUUUGAUGCUGCGUUUCUCCGACCGUAAGGUUGACGGUAAAGGAAAUGCCAAGAAAUCUUCUACGGAACAGACAGGAUAG